AUGGAGGCAUACGUUCGAACCCUGUCCAUCCGUGACCUUGACCAGUGUGUGGAGGUGGAGUCUUCAGCCUUCCCGCCCAACGAAGCAGCUUCCCGCGAUAGCAUUGAGUAUCGCCUGACGGUCUGCCCAGAAGUCUGUCUAGGGCUAUUCAUCAAGGGCAAAGCCAGCCCCUCCGCCAAACUGCCAGACAAUAUCCCCUACCUAUCUGAAGCUCCCGAGUGUGAAGAUGGUAAACUCGUUGCUCACACUCUCUCGACCAAAUCAACCAUUCGGUUUGUGAAGGAGGAGGACAUGUCUUUUCCUAGCAAUUGGAAAUCCAACCCUCUGGCAGAGUAUGACUCCGGCCAUAAAGCGAAUGGAAGAACCAUUGCGCUCCACGCACUAGCCGUUUCACCCGACUACCAAAGACGCGGUUUAGGCAAGGCGUUGAUGAGGUCUUAUAUUAAAUUGAUGAAAGAAACCAACCGAGGGGACAGAAUAUCAAUUCUAGCACAUGAUCACCUCAUCCCUUACUACGAAAGUCUGGGUUUUAGAAACCUUGGCAGGAGCGAUUGCAAGUACGCUGGAGAAGUGUGGAAUGACUUGGAAUGUGAACUUUCUUCACCCUGCUAA